AUGUUAAUAGAGGAAGCUUUGAUAAUUGUUGCAAAUGAAGAUCCUUUUGCUCAAAAUGAAGGAACCAAUACUCAAAAUGAAGAACCCAAAGCUCUGAACAAUCAUGCAUGGGAAACCAAGGAUGACAUCAAGGAAUGGCUUAUCCAUAAGUCAAAAGAGAAGAUGUGUGUGGUUGUUAAAAGUAGACACGUCGAUGGUAACAAGAUGGAAAUGGUAUGCGAGAGAGCGGGUAAGAAGGGAGAAAGUCACAAAGGCAAGAAUUACAAGUAUGAGAAGAAGACGACUAGGGUCUAUAGAACAAAUUCGAAGAAGUGUGAAUGCCCGUUCAGGAUUGUUUUCAAAAGACGCCAUGAAACCGAUCUAUUCCGGUUGUAUAGUAUUCCGGACGGUCGUCACAACCAUCCUCCACUCACAAGUUUAUAUGGACACCCUGCAUAUGCCCGGUUGAAACCACAUCAGAUGGAUAAAGUUAGGCAGAUGAAGGGAUUUAGACCACUUAAGAUCCUAAAUGCAAUAAGGAUGGAAGAUAAGGAUAACUUUUCCAUCAUUUCCACAAUCAACGCCGCCAAAUCAACGAUUAAGAGAACUGAAUGGGAUGGUAGGUUCAUUAUGCAACAAUCAGAGUGGUUAGCAGAAACUCUUAACUACGCCAUGCAAACUAAGGUGGGUCCGGAUGAGAAAGUGACUCAUAUUUUUCUUGCACAUCCAAGGAUGAUGGAUUUGGCUCAGUGUUUUUACCAGGUUCUAUUCAUAGAUUGCACCUACAAGACAAACAAGUAUAACAUGCCGAUGUAG